CCCCAGGGAAGCGCCUGCAGCCUGUCCUGUCCUCACGGCCCACUCCUGUCAGGCCCGGAAGUGGUCCAGGGGUGGUUCAGAGCCUGCUGGCGCCCAGCCUGCUCCCGGGUCCUCUGCGGGGCAGCCCUUCCAGCCCAGGACAGGUCUGCCUCCUGUGUCCCCAAAGCCACAAACCAAACGGCUGUCAGAAAAUCGCAACGCAAGUGGCACCUCCUCGGGGACAGUGUCCCAAGCCCUGGCCUCCGCCCUGCAGACCCCGCCCCGUGCUGCUGCCAGCCUCUGCCAGCCCAGGGCAUGCGUCAGCGCAGUGCGAACACAGCAGCUGGGCGCCCACAGCCACCCGCACCCGCCUGCCCCGGCCGCCCAUGGCCGAAGGCGGCCGCCAUGCCGGGGCUGGCAGACGAGGAGCCGGAGGACUGGAGCGCCGCCCCCCCCAUGUACGAGGAGUACCGGCCACCCCCCCUGGACACCAUCCGCCUGCCCAGGCACGGGCUGUACCUGCUGAUAGCGGCCAUGCUGGUGCUGGCCGUGGCCUACGCCAUCGUUGGGCACCUCAUCAAAGACCUGGCCCAUGACCUGGCCGACUGGGCAUUUGGCCCGAAGCCCGGCCAGGAGCAGGCGCCUCGCCCAGAGCGGGCCAACAGCGUGGCCGGUGAGGAGCUGGAGGAGCUGGAUCUGCAGCUGGCCCUGGCCUGGAGGGAAGAGGAGGACGCCGGUGGCGCUGGAGAGGGCGUCCCCUCGGAAGCCCCUGCCCGAGACCCCCAUCUUCCCUCCGGCGCCUUCAGGGACCCUCCGGCCCGGAGCCCCUGGAAGCUGGAAUGAGCGGGCCCUGGACCCGGCGGCAGCCCCUGGGACCUGGCGUGCGGGACCCGUGGUCCCCAGAGCCGUCCUGCACUGACCCGCCCCAACCCUGGGAGGGGGCCCCCUUUCUGGGCUGGAGGGCUCCGCGGCUGGACGCUGGCCAUUGCCGUCCAUCCUGCCCCCCAGAGCCCGACCCCACUGGGCCUCAAGCAGGCUGCCCGCCGUCUGUAGUGAAGAGCAGCGAGCCUCUGAGAUUAAAGCGUGCUCAGCCCUCUGCUAGCGCCUGGACUGCUGAGUGGCCCUGCCCUGCCUGGGAACGUUGACCCUCUGCCUGGACAGGUCCCACGCGGGGCCAGUGAGCCCCAUCCCCCUCGCACCCGUCCCCGCCUCAGUCCCCGGCCUGGUUGCCUGGGGCUCCUGGUGUCCAGAUUCGACUGUGCGCCCCGGAGGGCGGCGCUGGGGCCUCCUUCCCUGGGAUGGGGCACACAGCAGGAGCUUCAUGUGUGCCUGCAGGGCAGCAUGGAGCGGCCCCACGGCUGGUCCUGGGGCUGCGUGUCUGGGCUCCGUCUUAGCUCUGCCCAGAGGUCAUGGUCAGAAUCCCUGUGUAUGCAGUAGGUACUCACACGUUGUGUCGAGGGCUUUGGGCCUUCUUGCACGUGCCGGGGCCGUGGCUGCUGGGGUGGGUGCCCCUCUGCCCGGGCAGGGCUUGCUGUCUAAUCAGCCUGAGGACCAAGGCCAAGGCCGCCAGCGCCCGGGUGGGGCUCUGACUCACCUGCCCGUGUCCCCGUCCCACAGCCAGCCCAGCACCCAGACCUGGUGGUGGACGGAGGCCCUGCGGCCCAUGGGCUGCCCCAGGCUGGUCGGUGCUGGCUGCCCCUCCGUCCCCUCUGGCUGUGACCGCACGGGGCUGCUCUGGGCUCUGUAUCUCGGGCCACCAGAAGGAAAUGGGCAUCAUGUGUCGGACCACCAGUGGGGGCCCGGCGUGCGCUGGCCAGACCUGGGGCCGAGGUCCCGGGCCAGUGGGGUGCCAGGGCCUCAGCAGCCCCACAGGGCGUGGGCAGCGGGCAGAGGGGGCGGCCCCAGGGCGGGGCGCGGGGAGGGCCGCUCCCGGGUUAAUGUCACACCGGGUCCAGAGUCUGCCCGGGGGCGUGGGCAGGAGCCAGCUGGGUGCCAGGCGCCAGGCCUCGGCCAGACCGGCUGCCGUCACCGCGGGGCUCCGGGUCCCGCAGCUGCCGCCGUCUGUCGCGACGCAGGGCCAGUGACAGACCUGGUUGCGCUGCCGGCUUGUGGGCGAUGAGGGCCCUGGGGACACUGGUCGUGCUGAGCACCUGGCUCCUCUCGCCCGCCCGGGCCCAGGCCGCGGAGCGGCACCUGAAGCCCUGGCUGGUGGGCCUGGCGGCCGUGGUGGGCUUCCUGUUCCUGGUCUUCCUGCUCAUGCUGGCCAACCGCGUCUGGUGCUCCAAGGCCAGAGCUGAGGACGAGGAGGCCACCUUGAGGAUGGAGCCCAGCGUGCAGCAGGACGAGAGCCCCAGUAAGGGACGCAAGAGGGAGAAGAAAGGGAAGGAGAGAGAGGCCGAGGAGGGAGGAGAGCGCAACCUGGCGCUGGAGCUGGAGGAGCGGGAGCCGGGAGCCAGGAGGACGGCGCUCUGAGCAGCCCCUGCGGCCGCACCGGGAGACCCGCAGGAUGCCACGGGAGUCGGCGCCCUGUCCCCGAGGGAAGGGGGCGGGGACCACCGCCUCCCGAGGUCGCUCUGGUGUGGGCCGGCCCGUCUGCGCUGCCCGGGCAUUCCCGCACUGCGGGGCGCCCCGGCCCGGGGACGCUGCCCCUCCCCACGGUCUCACGGCUCCACGUGUCUCUGCCCACUGCCUGGUUUCUUUUCCCUUCGCCUAAUGUCUGUUGGCCAGAACUUGCCCCUUCCCACAGGCUUGGGGUCUCUGGGGCCCCCGGGCCUGCAAUAAACAGCCGACAGGAACCCUC